AUGUCCAUUAUCUUCCAAGAUCUUUAUAAACCAGAAAAGGCAAGUUUACAAAUCAACGUCACCGGGUCUGAAUUUUCGCAGUUGUUUGUGCAAAGAGAGAGAGAGAUGGAGGGAAUAGAGCACAGAACAGUGGAAGUGAAUGGCAUCAAAAUGCACAUAGCAGAGACAGGAGAAGGCCCUGUGGUGUUGUUUCUCCACGGCUUCCCCGAACUCUGGCACUCCUGGCACAACCAGAUUGCGGCUCUUGGUUCUCUCGGUUACCAUGCAGUGGCCCCAGAUCUCCGUGGCUAUGGUGACACCGAGGUCCCAGAUUCAAUCAGCAGCUACACUUGCUUUCACAUAGUGGGUGAUCUCGUUGCGCUUAUAGACUUUCUGGGUGUUGAUCAAGUGUUUCUUGUGGGUCAUGACUGGGGUGCCAUAAUUGGUUGGUAUCUUUGCAUGUUUCGCCCGGAUAAAGUGAAGGCCUAUGUCUGCCUCAGUGUCCCUUUACUCCACAGAAACCCUAAGGUUAGAACCGUCGAUGCCAUGCGUGCUAUGUAUGGAGACGAUUACUACAUCUGCAGAUUUCAGAAACCAGGUGAAAUGGAGGCUCAGAUGGCUGAAGUCGGAACUGAGUAUGUGCUUAGAAACAUCACAACUCGCAAACCUGGUCCUCCAAUCCUUCCAAAGGGAAAAUUUGGAACUGGAUUCAAUCCAGAUAUGACUAAUUCCUUACCCUCUUGGCUCCCAGAAGAUGAUCUCGCCUAUUAUGUUUCCAAAUUUGAGAAAACCGGCUUCACUGGACCCUUAAACAACUACAGAAAUAUGAACUUGAAUUGGGAGCUGACAGCAGCGUGGAGUGGAGUGAAAAUCCAAGUGCCAGUAAAAUUCAUCACAGGUGAGUUGGACAUGGUAUACACCUCACUAAACAUGAAGGAGUAUAUCCAUGGUGGAGGUUUCAAGGAAGAUGUGCCAAAUUUAGAAGAAGUUGUUGUGCAGAAAGGAGUUGCUCACUUCAAUAAUCUAGAAGCAGCUGAGGAAAUCAACACUCACAUUUACGAUUUUAUCAACAAGUUCUGA